UUUUCUAUACAUCGAAUAUAACAAAGGUGCAACAAGUUCCAGACUAUAGAUAUUUUUUCAGAACAGAAAACCAGUAGAACUCGAAGCCAUACUAGUGCAUCCUUUCCUUUACGUUUUAUCCUAACACAAAUCAUAAGAUGGGAAUAUGUUCAUCGUGUUUUAAAGGUGCUGAGACUGAAACUCUUUCACCAAGUGCGGAGGUUCGUCGGCAGCAACAACUUGAAGCAGCGGAACGACGUCGUGUUCAAAAUGAGACCAGGGGUAUUAAGGAUCCAGAAAAGGUGAGACGCAUGCAACAGAAAGCCCAGGAACUCGAAAAACGUGAAGAAGAAGCAGCUCGUAUAGGUGGAUUUCAACCAACUUUAAAAUGGCAGCAAGACUGAUAACAUAAUACUGCGGAAUAAUAAUGCAUUGGAAAGUAUACAUUAUUUUGAAUAUGCUUUAAAUUAUAUUAUAUGAUCGUACUUUAACAUA